GGGAAAGACAAUUGGUUGAAUUUGAUCCAGGAAUAAGAAAUUUAAUCACAGCUGUUGAUGAUAAACGAACGUGGAAUGGAGAUGAGGCAUUUUAUAUACGUGAGCGAAAAGAAAUGCCAGAGGCUUUUAACCUUUCAAAGGAAUUAAAUAUUUUAGUGCCAGUUAUCUGUCGGAUUAUUAAGGAAUCAUUCCAUUACAUGCCAUGA